AUGGACGAAGAAGAAGACUUGGAUAUCGCGGCCGCCAUGGGCUUCGGGUCCUUUGGCGGCACGAAAAAGAGAAAGUAUGACCACGCCAGUUCGCCAAAAGCAGCCUCAAAGGAAGAUGCCAGUGGAGCCAACACCACGCAGCUAGGCGUCAGGACAAAAAAGGUUGCGACCGAAGAGCUCGACGAUGCCGCUAUGAAUGAUGAUGCGAAUCAGAUCUCUGCUCCAGCUACAUCCACGCAGAAACCAAAUAAGGCACCAAAGCCAGCAGCAGCGUCAGGACUCGCAGACUUCUUAGCUCGUGCACAGACGCUUCCCGACAAAUCAACAAAUACACCGAACACUAGAUCUGCUCCUUCUCAAGCUAGACAGACUGCUCAAGAUGAGAUGAUCUCAUUUGGCGGGCCCGCUAUCUCGAAAGGCGAGCUGAAUGCUCUCAAAUUUGGUGUCCAGAACGAACAUGGAGACACCGCCUACUUUCUCCCGAACUUCGUAGAGAAUCCCUGGGAGAAGCUGAUGGGAGGGAAAUGAAGCGCAGCGGGUGUGCUUCGAAGCACAAUAAUUCGUUCGGCGAUGCCCAGAGGCAUCGCACUUGCUCUAAUCGAGUUCGCGGGACAGUCCCAGGAACUAGCGAUGCACCUUUUUCACUGCACACAGAGCUAUCAGCAAAUGUACACGAACGUAUCGAUCCCAGCGAUAGCCUCAUGCUGAGUUCAAAAAGCAUGGAGAACUCCGAUCGUAAAUCCACAUGGCACUGUGCUAUACAAAGGAUAGCUCAAACCUGUCGUCGUGGACGUCCAACCACCGGGAGAGGAGCGGGCCGAGUUGGCGAAAGCAAGAACUAAAAAUACCACCCACUACUCCAGCAUUAUAUCGAACCACGUGCUAUCCUC